CCAAAACGUGGUUCGUGCGAAUUGUUGUGAAUUCUUUUUAGCUUCUGUUUGUACAUCAAAUAGAAAGACAGUGAAAACCAUGAUUGUUUUGACAAGUUUUUCACCUCCUACAGAAGGAGUCAGAUUCAAAGAAGAAAACACUGUUGCCAACAUUGAUGGCAAUUCAAUAGGAAAUGGUUCAUUGUUUAUAGCAGAAAGUCAUUUAUCGUGGCUAGGUGAGGGAGGCCAGGGUUUCUCACUAGAAUACCCGGCUAUUAGUCUACACGCUUUGUCACGUGACCCAAACACGUUUCCAAGCCCGUGUCUGUACUUGAUGAUCGAUGCAAAACUCAUAGAACAAGAAGACAAAGUCAGCAAUUCGUCAGACUCUGACGAGGAUGAGAAUCCAGUCUGCGAAGUGCGCUUCAUCCCGAGCAAUUCAGAUGUUUUGGGAGAGAUGUUUCAGUCUAUGAACGAGUGCCAGGCUCUUCACCCGGACCAGGAAGACGUGGACUCGGAUUCUGGAGGGGAUGGAGAUAAUUUCUACCAGGGUGAGGAUGGGUUUGAGAACCUGACGCCGGAGGGUCGCGCCACAUUACAGCACCUCGAGAGCGUCAUCAGAAUCGGGGACAGCCGGUCACCUCCAACUCGACCAAACGAAAACCACGUGAAUGGGGAAGAAAUAAUGGACACUGAACAGUUUGAAGAUGCCGAUAUGGAUCAGAGAUAAGCUGGAUUCUGGGUCGUUUCACUAAAAUAAAGGCAUACAGACAGACAGACAGACAGACAGACAGACAUUUAUGCUGCCUUGUGUUGUUCAGAGUCGGAUGACAAUAUAAUGUGCUGCUGGACUUUACCUUUUUAAUCGCUGAAUCCAACACGAACAUUUGUUGAUAACAACAGUACUAUGUUUGAAAGAGUUUUCUUACACACCCAUGCGAUAACUUUUUAAAGACAUACGACUGGCUGCUUCUAGGUGAUGACCAGGUCACCAGUGCCAUACCAACCAAUGAUUAAAAAAAGAAUAAUCGAAUCAAUCACUCGGUGACGUACAGGAUAACCUGAAAUUGACUUCUCUGUUAUGCACAAGUUAACUAUAAGUGCAAGGGUCAUAAAUAGGUUUUCAUUGGAAAAGGCAUUUAAAUUUAUUUUAAAACUUUUUCAGGAUAUGUAAGCAACAGAAUACAACAUUCGUGUCCAUUAGAUGCCAUUUAUCUUGCCACUUGUUUGUUAAAACAUAUCCAACUCGCUUUUGCUUAUUAGAUAUGUUUUAAAGCACAGCUGGUAUCUAACGGCCACUCAUGUAAUAUUCUCUGUAUAUCACUUGUUUUAGUUCACAAACCACUGUGUGUCGAAGACAUGGACUGACUUCAAAAGGUGAUACUGUAAAUCGGGAAAUGUUAGCGAGUGUGAAACGUUAGCGAAUUUUAGCGAGGCCAUACAAGAUACUAAUAUUUUGUGACGCUAAAUUUAAAGAGAUUUACAAGAGAUCGUCCCAAAAAGGUUUAUGUGACUGAAUUGUCUGAUUUACUAAACACACAACAAUGUGUCAAAAUAGAUCAAAAAUAUUAUUUAUCCUGAUCCUACAGCUUGAGCGUUUUCUUUUUUCAAUUUCUGAUAUGCAGGGCACAAUAUGUCACGAGAACCAUUGUUCUGUUCGCGUGUUGGUUACGCGACUUUAAAAUUACAAGAACCACCAGUUGGUUAUGUGGUGAACAAUUACAUUCUAAAAUUAAAAGUACCAUAUAUUGGUAAUGAAAGUGAAAAUCAGUUUGUUUUUAAAUCCAUUUGAACCACCAAUGUAACAGAACCGUAGUUCACGUGUUUUAGGAUUAGAUAGGCCCAACUCAUCCGUUGUAUGAGAACUAUAUUCACGUACCCGAACAAACGGUUACCUAAGUAAAACUCACGUGAACUGACUUCCGGUUACCUAAGAUUUUGAAAUGUUGUCCCCAGAUAUGACAACUUCAGUAAAGUUUGAUAUCGCUAAUAUGUCACUUGGAUUUCGCUAAAUUUUAAGAUCGCUCAUAUUUUAUGAUUUACAGCAUACUGUUUAUCAAAGAAAAGAAAGAAAAGUUUUGUAAUUGCAGUGACUUAGUAUUCUGCUGGUUUUUAAGUCUAACAUCUCCUCUGAAAGGACCUGUUCAGGUAACAUAUAUUUUUUUAAUAUCGCAUUUCUGGAAUCACCACACAAUUUUUAAAGAUUAAACAGUAGUUAUUAAUCAACCUUUAAUGGACUAGAAAUGUCACUAAAUACUUUUUUUUAAAGUCUGCUCAUGUAUUUUAACUUAAAAUUUGAUGGGAAGAAAAUAAGGGAGUACAUGGUUAACCUCCUGAUACUGUGGAUGAGGCUUCUGGUAGUAGACCAUUAAUCUUUUUGUGUUCUUUGUUUCUUUCUGUCGGUAUAUAACGUAAGUUUCAUAUGUGAAUGGAUAAACAUUAGUAGUAUUUUACUGGUUUUGGACUGGUCAGUGUUGUCUAAAAUUAUGAACAAAUUUCCAGUGUUUACUAUCAUUGUUCUCAAUCAUUGCUUCUCACUGAUCAUAAUUGUUUUGUCAAUGAAAUACAAUUCAUAUCACUAUGUUGUUGAUGAAACAGUUCAAUUUAUUAUCAUGUUAGUGGACACAACCAGCUAUCAAUCCAUCAAGAUAUAGAUGUAUGUGUAUAGGAGGGGUGCUUCAGGAGGUUGUUCCCCCUCCCUCCCGUGCUCCUAGUACAGUCCUGAGUUUACAACCAUUGUAAAAACAUUUCCAACCAAUAGAGCCUUUUUGGUGACGUAACAUACAAAUUAAAUACAUUUUCUUAUUUAAAUUAUCAGUGUCUGUAUUUACAAAGUGUUUG